AUGGACGAAACUCUGAAUCUGAACAUCAAUGAGUGGAAAGACAUCCGCAAUCAAUGGGCUCUCAAGCAUGCUGAGGAGUCCGUCAAAAAUGAUUGGAAUUAUUUGGUGGGAAAAGGCCCCUCUAUUUCCCCUUUACCAUCGCUCCCCAGCCCGGGGAUUCCGUUUCUUUCAGGCGAUCACCGGCUACCAGACCCCGCCGACAAACUUCCGGGGGACAGAGCAAAACCCCCCGAGCCAGAAAAUGACGUCGUGUUGAACAUUGGCGUUAUCGGUGCAGGUGCCGCUGGCCUGUUCACCGGAUUGCUUUUGGACUUCCUCAACAAGAAGUAUCAGGAGAAAUUCAAAACACACAAAGUCCAGUUCAAGUAUGACAUUCUUGAAGCGUCAGAAAGAGUGGGCGGGAGACUUUUCACAUAUAACUUCGACGACUCCCAAAUAAAAAAAGAUGGGUCCGUUAAUCGUAAUUACUACGAUGUGGGAGCCAUGAGGUUCCCUGACAAUCCGGUGAUGGAACGCCUUUUCCGACUAUUCAACUAUCUGGAAAUGCGCAAAGCCAAUGAUACUCCAAAUUCUAAGCUGGGGGACCUCCUCCCAUACUACAUCAAGGGCGACAAAGAGCCGUGGCACUUCAAUGGCACGACCAAAUGGGGCGACUACGCUUCAAUUUCAGCACAGGGAUUAGAUCCAUGGAAAUUGAACGAGGAUGGCAAAAUCCCUGAAGACAUUUUAAAAAAGUCGCCAGGCGACGUCUUCAAUGGCAUUAUAAAAACCUUCCGAGAAAAGCUCAUGCAAGAUAAGGCCACCAGCGAUAAGUCCAGCGAGGGAUGGAAAUACCUCAUGAAAUACGAUGAUUAUAGUGCUCGAUCAUAUCUGGCCCUGGCUCACCAUCCAGCGUUAAACUAUGAGACCAUUCAAUGGAUGGAAGCAUUUAACGGUGGAACUGAAUGGUAUGACCAAGCUUUGAGCGAAGCUGUGCUAGAAUCCCUGGACUUUGACUGGCAACCCGGAACGGACUGGCGCUGCAUCCUCGGGGGUAGCGGUGUGCUGGCGGCUAAAAUGGUCCAGAAGCUAAAGAAUCCAUCAUCAGUGCAGACGAGUACGGCGGUAACGCAAAUCAAGAACAAGGGAGAGAAACAAGUGGAGAUCGCGUACGCGCAAGAUAAUAAUAGCGGCGGACAAUCUCACACCUAUAACGCUGUUUUCAGCUCCCUGCCACUAGGUUGUCUUCAACGCAUCGACACUAGCGAGGCUAAGCUGAACUAUGGCAUCCGACAGGCCAUGCGCGCUCUCAGCUAUGGACCCUCCGGCAAGGUUGGAAUCAAAUUCAAGAAUCCGUGGUGGCUCUAUAAGUUGAAUGAUGCGAAUCUCAAACACGCUGGGCUAGGCCAUUCAGACCUCUCGAUCAGGACUUGUGUCUAUCCAUCUUAUAACCUUCAAACCCCGAAAGAAGAGGAGGCCGUCCUUCUUUGCUCAUAUACUUGGCAACAAGACGCGCUCCGACUGAGCUCUCUGGUUUCCAAAAGCAAAGACCUAAAGAACAAAUGGAGAGAGGAGACUGAGUUAAAGAAUGUCCUAAUCCAUGACCUUGCUCGCCUUCACGCAGAUGGUAAGCCUGGAAGGACAGUGGAUGAGCUUGAAGACCUUAUACGUGACUCAUACUUGGAGCACUUCGCUUUUGAUUGGUACCAGAACCCACACUCUGUGGGUGCCUUUGCCUUUUUUGGUCCACAGCAGUUCCGUUGCUCAUGGCCCAAAAUUAUCCAGCCGUCGGGUGAUCUCGCCAUCAUUGGAGAAGCUGCAAGUCCUCACCAUGCGUGGGUGGUAGGAGCGUUGGAAAGCGCUGUCCACCAGGUCUAUUCUUGGCUCAAUCAGCACAAGGGCAAGAUCCACGGAUUUUCAUAUUUGGCCGAGCUAUUGGAAGAGAAUCCUCCCACAGACGAUCCAAAUCCUUUCCAGGGUCUUCCUCCAUACAUGCGCACGGAGACCUGCAAAUGGCAAUCGGUGCUGGCAAAAGCGUAUAGGGAGAUGCCUGAUUACAUGUGA